AUGCUCGCUGCAAUUAAAACGCGUCGCGUGAUGCGGCCCUCUCGUGAUUCAGGUCAUCAAAUUUACCUCGGGCUUCGAUGCUACGACUUGCGACCCUUUGUCACCUGCCCUUUCCAUGCCGCUUUCCCGUCCUUGACAUCUUUCCAAGGGAGGGUUAGUCUCCUGACGCAGAACAGCGCGACGGCGAACUCGUACAAAGUACCCGUCCACGCUGUCCAAAGAGGACAUCUGCCCGUUCUCGUCGUGGCCAAGACCAAUUACGCUUAG